CAGAGGCGCGGUAGCAAUGGCCGCCGCCGGCCGUUACUGAGGCGCCGCGGGCGCCGUCUCCGCUCCGGCCCCGCUCCGCUCCGGGCGGCCCCAUGAGGAGACGGCGGCGACGGCGGAGCGGCGAUGGGCUCGCUGAGCAGCCGGGUGCUGAGGCGGCGGGUGGGCCUCCCGCGCGGCGAUGGGGCGGCCGGGGACGGUGGCGGCCGGGGCGGCAAGAGGAAGCGCGGUGGGGCCGAGGGGCCCGGUGACAGCGACAGCGAUGGCGAGGCCGAGCGGGAAGAGCGGCUCCUCAACACCCCCCGCAGGAAAAAAUUGAAAAGCACUUCUAAGUAUAUUUAUCAGACUCUGUUUUUGAAUGGGGAGAACAGUGAUAUCAAAAUUUGUGCUCUGGGAGAGGAGUGGAACCUGCAUAAGAUAUAUUUGUGUCAGUCAGGCUACUUUUCCAGUAUGUUCAGCGGAUCAUGGAAAGAAUCUAGCAUGAGCACUAUAGAGUUGGAGAUUCCUGACCAAAAUAUUGAUAUAGAAGCUCUACAGGUGGCUUUUGGCUCCCUAUAUAGAGAUGAUGUGUUAAUAAAACCCAGUCGAGUAGUUGCACUUUUAGCAGCAGCCUGCAUGCUGCAGCUUGAUGGCUUAAUCCAGCAAUGUGGUGAAACAAUGAAGGAAACCAUUAAUGCAAAAACUGUGUGUGGUUAUUAUAAUUCAGCGGGGACAUAUGGGUUAGACUCUGUGAAGAAAAAGUGCCUUGAAUGGCUCUUGAAUAACCUGAUGACUCACCAGAGUGUUGAACUCUUCAAAGAACUCAGCAUAAACCUCAUGAAACAGCUGAUUAGCUCUUCGAACCUAUUUGUAAUGCAAGUGGAAAUGGACGUGUAUACUGCUCUCAAAAAGUGGAUGUUCCUUCAGCUAGUGCCUUCUUGGAAUGGGUCUUUGAAACAACUCUUAACUGAAGCUGAUGCCUGGUUUGCCAAGCGUAGGAAAGAUUUUGAGGAUGACACUGCAUUCCUGGAAUCAGAACAGGGGAACGCGUUCCUGUCGGUGUUCACACACUUGAGAUUACAGUAUAUCAUCAGUGACUUGGCAUCAGCCAGAAUUAUUGAGAGAGAUUCCCUAAUACCCUCAGAAUGGCUGUCCUCUGUUUACAAACAGCAGUGGUUUGCCAUGCUCAGAGCAGAACAAGACAAUGAUAUUGGGCCUCAAGAAAUAAAUAAAGAGGAACUGGAAGGAAACAGCAUGAGGUGUGGUCGAAAACUUGCAAAGGAUGGUGAUUACUGCUGGCGGUGGACUGGGUUCAACUUUGGCUUUGACCUUCUUGUUACUUAUACAAAUCGUUACAUCAUUUUCAAACGGAAUACGCUGAAUCAGCCAUGCAGUGGAUCAGUCAGUCUGCAGCCUCGGAGAAACAUAGCCUUCAGGUUACGUCUAGCCUCCUUUGAUAGCAGUGGGAAAAUUAUUUGCAGUAGAACGACAGGGUAUCAGAUCCUAACCCUUGAGAAGGACCAGGAGGAGAUUGUAAUGAAUUUGGACAGCAGACUCCUGAUCUUCCCGCUCUAUAUCUGCUGUAACUUCUUGUACACAUCACCAGAGAAGAAGGCUGACAGCGGGGCACUGCCAGAUAAUUCAGAAACCUGAGACCUCUUCAGUGGAAUAUAGUAGCACUUCUAGAACUCCGUAUGCCUGGUUUAAGUUAAAUGCCCUGCUGACGCACAGAGCUUUGACAACAAAAAAGGCCUUACACUGUAGCAAAUAUAUAUGGCCUUAGUAUACUCCUAUGCAUAUCUGAAGAGAAGAUCAGAAAUUAUAUAGGCCAAAACUAGUUAUCCCAUUUCUUGUUUUUUAUUUCUGUUCUGCAUCUUCAGACAGUAGCCAUUCCAUGUUUGAGAAAUGUUAUGCUUUUAUUUUUCUGGGCGAAAACUGAGCCAAACUGGAAAUAGGGAAUUUGCGUGAAUGACAUCUUACGAACUUACCUGUCAGAUUCUGAGCACACAUUGUAGGACAUGUGGCUUUUGUUAGUGUGUUUUGGGGGUUUUUUAAUAACUGAUCUGUAAAUACCAGAUCCGUGUUCUGCUUACUUUUGUGGUCCUUUUCCAUUAGGGCCAAAUACAUCUGUGCAAGUGUUGCCUGUCAACUUUUGUUAGUUGUUUAACUGUACGGACUUUUGAACCUCCUUGGUUUUAAGCCUUUAUUGUAUCUCAUAUACAUACAAUUCUUUCUUGUUCUUGGGCUUUUUUAACGUUGUGGCAAAUAAUAUUUUUUUUUAGCAUGUGAAUUUGCUAAUAAGGAUGCUCAUAAGUGAAUUAUUUUUUUCCAUGUACUGCAAAUACUCUAAUGUACUCACCAUCAUUUGAGUCUAUUACACAGCAGCGGCUUUCAGCUAGGAUUCUACUGAAUGCUUAAUGUACUCAUAUGAACCAAAUGCCAGUUUUUAAACAUUGUUGUUUUUUGUGAUUUGUUUUAACCGUUCCAUUGGGAAUAUAUCCCAUUUUAGCUCAGGAACUUGUGACCUUUGAGUGCCUUUUGAGUUGUAUGUGUUAACACAAACUUCACAUCACUUCAGCAAGGUCACAGGAUCCAAAGUAAGAGCUGGGAACAAGGGAUUCCUUUUCAGUUGGUUUGACGAGUGAGUCAAGUGUAAGAGGUACCCUGCAUUCAUUCUUUGUAUGUGUUGGGUUUUAUGUUUGUCUAUGGCAAUUUUGAAUUCUUACAGCAGGAUUUUUGAAUUCAAAGUGGGAAUUUUGCCUCUUUAGUAGCCUAUUUUUUUAAUGUUGUCAGAAAAGUAUAAAACCAUUUGUACUUUAUAACAAGGAUAAAAAUGUGUUAGGCAAGAUGGAAAAACAUGGUGACUUGUCAAUAAAAGAUUUCAAGCGGA